AUGAUAAUGAAUAUAAAAUGCAUCAAGGAUUUAAAUUUAGAUAUGAAUCCGAAUACGCAAGAAAAUUAUCAUUUGCUCUGCACACCUGGAGGAAGUUUGAAGUAUCUGUCUUUGAGACUUUGUGAAAUAACUGAUAAUGGAAUAAAGAAAAUUGCAAAAGAAUUAGAAUACCAUGAUCCUCCGGAUAAUCCUAAAUUAACUAUUUUAAAUUUGGCACAUAAUCAUAUAACGAGAAAUGGAGCAGGUCAUAUAGGAAAUAUGCUUCGAACAAACAGAUCUUUAAAAUGCUUAGUUUUACUUGGGAAUAGAAUAUGUGAUGAAGGAGCAUCAUUAAUACUACAGGAAUUUAAAAUAAUUACUUUAAAACAUGAAGAAAUUGUAGAGCUGCGUCGUCGAAAAUUCGCUGAACUGGCAUUGUUGGAUGAAUGGAUGGAAAAGAAAAAAAUGGAAGAAAUUGAUAAAAGCAUAAAUGGAGAAUCAAUAAAAAAAAAUGCUAAUAAUAAGUUUAAAACACGGCAAAAUCGACGAUCUAAAAAAUCUCUUCAAGAUUCUUCAAUGAUAAUAAAAGAAGAAGGAAAUUUAAUUGAAGAUUCAGAUUUUAUGCAUAAAUUUAAAACAAUAAUGGAAGAUGAAAUACCAUACCAUCCUUUUAGGAAAGAAAGUUAUCCAAUGCAUGGAGAAAUAAUGGCAAUUGGAAACUUGGAAUUACAAUACUUAGAUUUAAGCUGUAAAUAUUUAUAA